GUUGAUUCAGUUUGCCGCGGACUCUACAAUCGUUUGGUAAUUUGGUAAAAUUAGUAAAAGAGUUAGUGUUUGUGCGGCUAAAUCGUCAAUUUCGUUUAUGUAAGAACGCGUUUGCCGGUUAAAAUGCAGUGCAUUGUUUAUGUGUAAGAUAUGUAAGCGCGCUUGUGUUUUACGAGAAAUGAGUGCGUGACAAAAGCAUCUUAGCGCUGACGCUAAUGACAGCUGAGGCAAUUAGAGAUAUGGCGAAAUGGCAUAAGUGCAUAUGCAAAAACAAAUAAACAAAAGGAAUGGGAGCAUAAAUAAGAAUUUGCAUUUUCGUGGAUUUCACUGGAAGUGACUGAAGUAACUAAAUAUGUGUGCGUGUAUGUAGGUGCGGAAGGAAAAUAAAUGCUUAUUUGUAAUUAAAACGCGAGUGCGGGAUUAAACGUUAUUUUAGCGAAAGCGCGAACAUACAAAGCAAAUAUAUUUAAAAUAAGAAGAAAAAAGUGUUAAAUUUUUGUGGUUCAAAGAUAUUAAUUAAAUUUUGUGGAUAAAAUAAAAAAUCCAAAACUAAAUUAAAAUUAAAAUUAUCGUGUUUUAAAGUGUUUGAAUGCCAUGUAGGUACAUCGACUGUACACAAAUCAUAAUUAAAAUUAAAACAUGCUGACAGUAAAGUCCAAAACCAUAAAAUUACUUUCGCUUUUACCGCAUUUCGGCCACAAAGAUUGAUUUGUAGCGCUGUCAAAUAAAAGUUUGAAAAUAUAUUCUGAUAAAAGAAAUAUCAACUGACAUAUAUUGACUUAGCGCGCCGAUAAAUAAAUACAUACAGAGAUGUGUAUGUGCUCACUAAUAUAAAAAAGAAAAACCAAUAUUUAGACAAAAACUGAAGGCAAUGCACCAAAAUAUGGGUCAGUUUGAUAAGUUGACAAGACAAAUAAAAACAAUUGAAAAAAGUGGCGAAUAAGAAAAUUAAAUGAACAACUUUACUAAAGCAGUAAGUAUUUAUCUAUAUGUUUAUAGUCAUGCAGUUUCAAAACUUUGUGAAGUUUGAUGACGAUGACAAUCCAACUGCCAAAACACAAUAAAUGAUUAAACAUUUGGUAAACAAAAUUAAAAUUACAAAAGACUGUUAAAACAAGGAAAGAAUAAUUAAUAAAAAAUGAAAAAUAAUUAAAUUUUUUUUGGUGCGUGUUGGUAAUUAAUAAAUAUAUACUUAAUAUAUUGAAUAAAAAUAUAUCGUUACAAUUAACAGAGUGUGACAAAUGUGUAAUUAAUGUGUUUGAAAAAAACUGAAAUCAAAAUUAUAAUAUAUUUAUUGCGGAUAUUAAAGGCUUUUAAAAUUAUUACAAGUUGUCGUGAAGUAUUAAUUAGGCUCCCGAAAUACAAAAACGAUGCCAAUGAAUUCUAAGACAAGGCAUGUGGCACAAACACACACAUACUUAUGUACAUAGGAAUAUGGAAACGUGUGUUUAAUAAAUUAGAGCAACGGAGCAACAAUAUUUGGUGGGCGGCAGGCUGACUUUAUCACCUACAAUACAGUUAUCCAGUGAAUGAUCUUCUGGAUGUAUUUGAGCAGGUGUGAGAACUGAAGGCAAAUAUGUUGCAGCGUACAAAAUCGGCGAGAAAUCGUAAAAGUAGUGGCAGAUGCAGUGAUGGGGACUCAUCGGCGAAUGAGGCGCCAGUUUUCGCCUCUGUGCAUCGGGCCCGACACAAUGGGGCAGGCAGCAGCUCGGCUGUUAGACGUGAUGGCCCACUAAAGGCUGCAACUUGUGGUGGCCAUCAGCAACGUCAAAGCUAUCAUCAGUAUCAGCAGCAACGUAAAUUACAACACCAGAUUCAACAACAACAACAACAGCAGCAAUCAGUAGGCAAUGAAAAUUCGAGUGCCUCACAAAAACUAGCCAAAACGACGCGCAAUUGGAACGACACACAGCAACAACAACAAUCGCAACAACCGAGUACCGUUGACACUGCAACGAAGCAAUCAAUUGCGGUGUCAAUGCCGCAAUCAUUGGUGGCUGCCACUGCAGCGAACCAUGGCCGGCCGGCAAUGCAACAAAUCAAUACAAAUGGUGGUACACAACGCGAUGCAUCGCCAACGAAGACGAGUCGUAUACCCUUACAACAACAGCAACUCAACCAAGUGCAACCAAAUUUUAAUCAAAUAUCCAAAACCGCUACAAAUCUAUUGAAUGAUAUUUACGAGCGGCAUCUCUUGAAUCAGACGACGUUCCAGGCCGAGCAUAGCCAAGACCGACCGCAACAGUCACAACAGCAGCAACAACAACCAAAUAAGCUGCAGCUGCAGCAACAGCCACAAUCACAGCCGAGGCAUCACCUGCAGCAGCAACGUUUCUUGGCUGCACGUCAGGUGGGUCCAGAGGUGGAGCUUAAUUUUGCUAGUUCCUCGACACAACAACAACAGCAAAGAAAUCAACAACAGCAGCAUGCACAGCAAUCGCCACGCCAUUUUCUGUCUUUCGGCAAUCAACAGGCACAACAACAUUCAACGCACUUUACUGCCAGCGCCCAGGAAGGUGGCAACUCCGCGCUGGCAACAUUUGUACCUAUACACGGGAGUAACAAGCAACAUGUUGCACAAAAGCCAGUGCACUUCUUAAAGUUGCCACCACCACCACCGUUGGCCGCGCCACCUACCAACGCGCUUGGACAAACAGUGUCAGAGCCACCAAACGAGCUUGGCUCUUACACAUCUUAUCAGCAACAUUUCCAAUUCUCCGAUGCAUAUGUUGAGCCUGUAGAUAGCUGUAAACAUUUCCUCUUGCAAUCUGAUGCGGCCAGGACGGCCAAUCCACCGCCUCCACCCGCGCCACUUAAUCACGUCUACGAGACGAUUAAGGAGCGACCACCGAUGCCGCCGCCAAAGAAUGUGAAAACUGCGAACUUCGAAGGCGGGAUUGUUGGCGAGGACGAAGCACCACCACUACCACCAUCGCGGCAGUUGAAAAAGCGUUUGGUGGCCGCCGCCGCGAAGGUCGGUAGCAAUAAACGUACUACAACAACAGCAAAUACGAAUGGUAGUCAAAGCAAAAUUGAUGCAGGUCAGUUGGCCUGCAAUGGCAAGCUCAACAGCAAAUUAUUGCCCAUGCAACCGCCCGCAUACGUGGCGCCACCAGCUGCGGGUUCGGCAAAACAAGCAGUACCAAAGCAGCAACCGCAGCAGCAGCAGUAUAAUCCGCAACAACGCACGAAGGCGGACGGCGAGCAACGUCCUUACCUUUAUCAGCAAUUGCGCGAGCGACAACAGCAGCAACAACAGCAAGCGUCUGCAUUAAAGGCAACUGCUCAGCGUCAGCCUCAACACCACCUACAACAACAACCACAACAACAACACCAACGUUCCAACCAAACACAAGUGCGGGAGCAUCCUUUGGGCGCCCAUGCAGACCAACACGGCGCACAAAAGCUGCAGUCUCAGCAACAAAAACAACAACAAUUUACUAAUAUCAACAACAGUCAACAAAAGCCGGUUGAAAAUAUGAUUACCCAAUCUGCAGUCGCUUUAACCACCACAAAAGCAACGGUGCAUGCUACCAACAUACCGUUCGCAACGCUGACUAACACAGCCAACUCAAACUCCACCUCCGCGGCGUCCAUUGAUGUUUCCGAUAGCUCGGUGGAGUUGUUGUUACAACAAGCCGGUUUGUUACAUUCGCAUGCAACCUCAUUAACGGCACAUAGCGGCGGCGGCGCCGACAAAGCUCCACAAACCGCUUAUAAUAAUAAUGCCAACCAUACUGGCGGCAUUGGCAACAACAACAGCAGUAACAUAUCCAAUUUGCAUCCCACGCGUCCAACUGCAUUGCCAAUCGUUUUCGAGGAGGAUACCGGUGAGUUUCAGGACGUGCUUGUUCUCGAAGAGGACGGCACGGCUAAACUACCGUAUCGACACGGCAAGAUCGAGGUGCGUUUGGAGACAGCGCAGGCGAUGGCCGCGGCUGCUUAUUAUGCCAGAGCCGCACAAAAACUCGCACAAACUCACAAUUCGACAAAAAGUCGCACCGCCGAACUGCCAAACGCCAGCGCACGAAAUGGUGGCUUUUGUGGGGCGCUACAGCGUGCGCCACCGCCCAUGCCACCGGGUUUGGCGCGUCGACUUGCGAACAAGGAAAACUACGGUAUCGGCAAGGUUAAGGUGAUGUUGCGUGUCUCGGACGCACACACGGACACGGAACACCCGCACUUUAUGGCGGUCGAUAAGAAGAAACGUCAAGUGACGCUGACAGAUCCGUCGGCAGCGAGCGCGCUCGCGUCUUCGACGUCGCAGGAGCGCGGUCCCAUGGUAGCCGCGCCGAAAAUGUUCGCCUUCGAUAGCCUAUUCACGGCUGAGGAUCAACAGUCCGAUCUCUGUGCUUCCGCUUUGUCUGAGGUGAUACCCGCCGUAUUGGAAGGUUCAGACGGCUGUCUACUCACGAUUGGUUAUCCGAAUUCCGGUCAACCGAAAACCAUGUUGGGUGGCGUGAACCCGCCCACUGAAUUAGGUGCUAUUCCUUGCGCCAUUUCGUGGCUGUACAAGGGCAUUAAUGAGCGGCGUCAGAAGAGUGGCGCGCGCUUUUCGGUGCGCGUCAGUGCGCUGGGUGUCAGCGCCACGAAACCGGACUCGAGCUCGAAGGACUUGUUGGCGGCGCAUGCGACUGAAUCCGAUGACUCUCCGGGCGUGUAUUUACGUGAUGACUUUCUUGGCGGACCCACCGAAUUGCGUGCGCCCACCGCCGAACGUGCCGCAUUGUUCCUAGACGCCGCACUCGCCGGACGACCACAAGGCGGCCUGGAGCCGGCCAUGAUAUUCACACUGCACGUCUACCAGUACAGCUUGUCACGCAAAGGCGGAGUGGCCGGAGGACGCAGUCGUUUGCAUCUCAUCGAUAUGGGUGGUUGCGCCAACCGCAAUGGUGGACUGCCGCUCUCCGGCAUCGGCAACAUACUGCUGGCGAUAUUGAGUGGACAACGGCAUCCGCCGAAUAAGGACCAUCCAUUGACGCCGCUGUUGAAAGAUUGUCUGGCGCCGUUGACGUGUCAUGUCGCCAUAAUGGCGCACGUGAUGCACACACAGUCGCAUACGGAUGCUUUGACAACGAUACAAUUGGCUUCACGCAUACAUCGCAUGCGUCGACGUAAGCACCGUUUUCCGAUGCCAAGUGACAAGACCGGUGUGGGCGGCUUGGCGGCCGGCGUUAAUGGAGGUCAUCAAUCGACUGGCUCUUCGGCUGGCUCUGGCGCAGAUCCAUCCAGCUCUGAGCUAUCGGCCGAUACAGUAAUCUACAUGGGACCCAGCGACGAUGCGACGGAUGGCGAACAUCCGCCGGUUUAUUUGCCCUCGCUCAGCAGCGGCGAUAACCGUUGUGUGAUGAGCAAAGCGCUAAAAGGUAGUGGCUUAGAGAAACAACAGCAGUCGCCGGCGAAAAGUGCAGCGGGUACAUUGAAGAAGACAGCGGCACAGAAAGUCCCACAAAGUCCCACCAUCAAUGCGUCCAGUCGUAAUGGCAGUCUGAAGCGAGGCCACGUCAAUAGUCCCACACCAGCGCAGCAACAACAGCAGGCGCCUCAAGCGGCUACUGCAAAUGUUGAUCAACAGCAACAAUUCUUUUCACCCGUGCACAGCACGAAAUCGCUAACGCAUUCAGCCUCCUCACCGAAAAUAGUUGCGGGCAGUUUACGACACCCCGGCAUGGCUGGUAUGAUGUGCUCGAAAGGCUCGAAUGUGCCAUCGCCUAAAGGUUCGCCGCUACGACGUCCCGGUGUGGGUGGUGGCGCCAGUGUUGCCGCCGUCGCCGCUGAUGUGCUAGACUGCCCUGGCAGUCCGAUGCGCAAAAUAAGCGAGGAACAAUGGAUUGAUGGACCGCGUGUAUCGCGCGCCAAAGUGGCUGAAGCGCGUCACUUGAUGCGUGAGGUGAAUCAUGUGAAACAAUGUGAGACAUGGAUCGAUGGUCCUAAGUCGCAGUCUGCCCGUUCACUUACCGCCGGCAAUCUGCCUACAGCACCGUCACAAGUGCAAGGCUACGGCUUCAUGGAUUCGCACAAGAAGUCUAUGAUACGACAAUGGGUGGAGAAUCAGACAUCGCAGGUCUUCCAAACCACAUCGGCGGCCUCAUCGCCUACACAUGGCGCUGGCAAUGCGGCUCAUCGCGACCAGCAGGCACAACAUCUGCGCAACAUAACAUACCACAUGUCACAGCUGAAGCAGAAAUCACUCGAUGCACCGGAGGAUUUGUACGCGACGAGCACAAGACAAUUGCAACACCAACAGCACAGCGUACAGCAUCCGCAAUUGCAGCAACAACAGUCGCUACCGCUGGAACAACAGUUUAUUUUGUGUGCCAGUGAGGCUGAGUUGGCGCAAGCCAUUGCCAUGGGUCUUUCCACAGCAGUGAGCACAACGAAUGCCUCAGCGCCGGCGGAGAUACGCGGCUCGAAGGCUCUGUACCAUCAACGACAGUCCAGCGCCACCGGCUCGCUCGGGCUUACACAGACAACACCAAAAGAAGAGACUGAUUUACAUUCGACGCACUCGCACACCGGUUAUGGCACCAUUUCACAGCAAGUAUACGCUCACGGCAUCGCCGCGGCAUCUGAGCAUGGUGUUGUUGUGGGUGGUCAACAAGGCGAUCGGCAAGCAGAUUGUGAUGAAGACCAAGACAGUGGUCCAUCGGAGGUGCCGCCCGCCCUGCCGCUCAUCGAACCGUUAGGUUCGCGUGAAAUUUCACACGAAAGUCUACACCGCAUACUGUCGCGACAUGUGUCACGCGAAUCGCUUUACCAACAGCAACAACAACGCGAACAGCAACAGGAACUACGUCGCCACGAGGAGUUGCAACAAAAUGCGCCCUCGAGGCAAUCUUCGCAUCAUUUCUCGCAACACAGCAUGGGCAUGUCCGAUUGUGGACUGCAAGUGACAGAGGAGGAGAUAGCGCGCACAAUGGGCGGCGAACAUCCACUGGCCGCGCUCAGUCACGUUGACAAUAUGUCCAUUGUGUCGAGCUUCAACAUGGCCGGCGAUGCGUUUAGCGAUUGUGCGAUGGGUGAAAGAACGAGGAACCAAUUCGAUCAAUUAGCGCGUUUACGUGAGAUCUUCACCUCACAGCUGGCCAUGGCCGAAGUAACGCCAGUCUUCCGCAGCUGCGAUGUGGGUAGCGUUUACAGUGAGCCUGCGUAUCGCUUCAACACGGGACCGGGUAGUGUGUGUAGUGAACCGCCAUAUAGACCACCAAGCCCGAGACAACCUUCGCGCAGUCCCAGCCAAGGCAGUUUGCCCAGCCUAAAUGGCAUCAUGCAAAUCGCAGGCAUGGAACAAUAUGCUUCGCUGCGUCAUCCUGACGGUGCUUCCGAUCCGAAUCUGCCCAAAGUUGAGAAGCCUUUUGUGUUGGAACAUGAGGACAUCUGUGAAGUAGAUGAAAAGUCCGCGUUACUAUCACCCUCCAAAAGACCUUCAUUGGAAAAGGAACAUCUUCCCGGCGUUGGUGGUGCCACAGUGCCCACGUCUUCACAAACUCAAUUACCAUUGCUGCCAUUGAAUACCUCUUGCGAGGCUUACGACAGUGGGCAUGAUUCGUCAACACCACGCACCUCCAAGCAUUCAGGCAUUUCGCGACGUGCCGAAAGCGGCUACCAUAGUGUGGCGACGGCGAGAGAUAGUGAUGAGAGCAGCUUUACGUCGGGACUCUCCAAAGAACAUCACAAUCGCAUAACAAUGGUGAAGAAGAAGCGACAGGAUAAGGGCCUGUGUAAUUGGCUGAUGAAUCCAUUCACCUGCACCUAUCCGGAGACUGAAGGCGAGAUAAGCGACUUUUGAAGAGCGCAGUAAACGGAAGUGAAAGGGAGAGCGUGCCAGUCAGAGGAACUCGAAUUUAUAACGAAGGUAAAUAGAAAACAGUUAUUGUGGUAGCGAGUAGAUGUGGUUAAGAGAAGAAUUAGUAAAUAAGUGCGGCAAACCCACCAAACAAUUUUUGCGCGCCGUUAGAAACAAUAACACGAAAGCAUGCCAAAUUUUUACUUUAAUAUAAUAAUAUAUUAGUGUUUAUUUCUUUUUCGAAAUAACUAAAGCCAAUGUUUUUAUGUGGCAGUUGAAACGGCGACUGAUUGUUUUUUAAUGGAAAUUUUUAUUGAGCAUAUGAAAAAAGAAGAUUUUUAGCUUAAAAGUAUUUAGUAAAAAAACAAAAAAAAACUCCAAACUUUACAUCAUUCGUAAAGUAAAAGCUUAAGUUUCAUACAUAUAAGAUAAAUGUAUUUUAUAGUGAAAGCUUUUAAACAACAUGAAAGCUUAAGUAACAUGGAACAGUGAGAGUUUAUACGACAUGCGUUGAAAGCUUUUUAAGGGUUACCUAAACAUAUUUUAAAGUCUUACAAUAUUUGGAAGCGUUAGCGUAAAAUAAAAGCUUAAAAGCCAGUGAUGAAAGCUUCUUGAAAUAAGUUUGCGUUGAAAGCUUACUUUUAAUAUGUAAUAUCCGGUUAUUAUUAUAUUAUUACAUCUUUUUACAAUGGUUGUUUUUUUAUAAACUUCAAAAUAAUCCACAUCGUCCACAAAGCUUUCGUAUAGAAAAUAAUGUUUUCUCGCAAAAGCUUCACUUUAACGUAAAUUCUUUAACAAAAAAAUUUUUAGAGACAGUCCUUAAUGCAAAUACACAUUUAAUUAGCGUUUUUUAUAUGGAAGUUACCAAAGUAAAAAAUUCUGUGAAAGCUUUAUGUUUAUGAUUGAACAAUUUCAUUAAACAUCGAAAACUUCCACUCACCACACUUAUAAACAGUUUUCUAGCUGUAUUUCAAAUUUAAAUUGAAUUUAUAAAGCUUUCAAAACACACACGACGCAGUGAUGAAAGCUUUCAUGUUUUUUUAAUUUGUAAUAAAUUCAAAUGAAAAGCACAUCUGCCAGUUACGGUAAACUUAACUAAUUCCGCUUAAAAAUACCUAAGGUUUAUAUCUUAAACACUUUGGCCUAAAAGCUUAUUUGAAGUGAAAGCUAUCAGCUUUGCAAAGCAUUGCUAUGACCACGAAAGCUUUCUAAAAAAUACUUUCAACUUUGUUAAAAUGUAAUUGUAAAAUAUUUUGUACAGUUUACACAUACACUACUCGUCUGCUACUAAAGCUCUUGCCUAACUGUCGCGCUACUGUAAAAAAUAUAAAUUUAGACAAAUAUAUAAUUCUCAACAGUUGCAUUUAUGUUUGCUGCCUAACCUCAACACUUUGUGCAUUCAUUUAAGAAAAAUAGCGUAUUUUAUAAAAAGAGCUUUUUGAGAGCUUUUAUUAUUUUUGGUUAGUUUUUGUUGCUCGAAAGCGUUUGUUAAAUACUUUUUAACAAUUGCUUAUGCAAAAAUCUUCUUUUAACUAGUGUCUAGUUAUCUUUGCUAAAUCCUCAACAACAACAACCAGUAAAUAAAAUAAAAUAUUAAAUAAAUAAGUUUCUUAUUUAAAAUUGUUAAUACAUUUAGCUAAAUUUAAGUGUAAACGAGUGCUUUUGUUAGGAAAAAAGCGUAAAUCGAAGAAAGCUACAAACUAUAAAUAUUAAGUACAUACUAAAUAGAAAUUUUGUUGCCAGUUUUGCCUAUUUAAACUAUGUUAAAAUUUUGAAAUGUUUAUCCGAAACUAACUCAACUGAUAUGAAUAUACAAUGUAACUAAUGAAAUGAGCAAGUAUAUAGAAAUGCAUUUAUGUAAUAUUCGAUAUAUAUAAUAUUAACUACAUGCAUACAUACAUAUAAAUAUAUACAUACAUAUAUAUAAUUGCUAUUAUUAUUAUAAUAAAUAAAAUUUAUUACAAAACCUACAAGUGCAUAAAAUAUAUAAAAUGAGUAAAUAAAUAAAAUUUACCUAAAGUAUAUGCAAGCAAAUCGGUGUAAAUGUAUGUAUGUGUGUGUGAGGAGGAAAUAUAUAAGAAUUUUGAAAAUAAUACAAUAAGAAAAAUUUUAAGAAAAACAUUACUUUGGCUAAAAAGUUAUAAUCAAUUUAAAAGAAAAUUCAAAAGUUUGUUUAAAAAAAUUAACCUUUAGAGGUUAGAACUUCGCAAACACAAAAAAAUCACCAAAGCUUUAAGCGAUUUAUUUUUUUGAUUAUUAUUUUCUCUUUAAAAUUUUAUAAUUAAAAUAAUCCAAAAAAUAUUUUAAAUUUUCAAAAUUGUGUUAUGAGGAAAAAAUAUCAAAAUUUUGAAAAUAGUAAAAAAAUUGGAGAAAAUUUAAAUUUAACUUUGGCAGAAAAAUUAUAAAUUAUAAAAAUUUUCAAAAUUUCAGAAUUUUGAAAAUAAAACAAUGAAAUUCUAAAAUUUUGAAAUUUAUGCAAAAGAAUUUAAGAAAAAUUAAGUUUUACUGCGGCUAAAACAUUAUAAGUUUCAAAAAUCUUCAAUAUUUUAUUAAAAAAAAAAUUCAACCCUAACCUCUAAAAAUACGCAAAAAAAUCACCAAAGCUUUAACGAUUUAAUUUUUGACUAUUCUUUCAAAUGUUAAAAUUUAAUGAAAUACCAUAACAAUUCUAAAAAUUGUACAACGAGGAAAAAUUUUAGAAUUUUGAAAACAUUGUAAAAAAGUUUAAGCAAAAUUGAAUUUUAUCUUGGCUAAAAAGUUAUAUAUUUAAAACAGUUUAAAUCAACCUCAAAAAUACGCAAACACCAAAAAUCAACAAAGCUUCGAAUAAUUUUUUUUUAACUAUUCUUCUUAUUAAAAUUUUACAAUUAAAUUAAAAUAAUCCCAAAUAAUUCUAAACAUUUUCAAAAUAAAAUUUAACUUUUAUUUUUGGUGAGCUAAAAUUUAAAGAAAUCUGGUUAUAACAACACACACACACAUACAUAUUUUAUUGUUUAUAUUAGCAUAUAUAAAUAAAUAUUGUAUUAAAUACCCGUACAUAUGCAUGUAUGUAAAUAAAUUUAUAAUAAUAAUAAUACUAAUUAUUUAAAAUAAUAAAUAAUUAAAAUUUAUUAUUAAAGCAGCAAGAAAAUUUGCAAUUAAAAAUUAUACUAACGAAAUAACUAUUGUCACAAACUAAGAGAGCGAACUGUGGAAAUAAAAACAAAAAUAAAUACUUUUUUAAAC